AUGUCCGGAGACGCCCAGAAGCCCAACUAUGGCGACUUCCUGUCGCUCGAGGCGCGCACGCGCGCCCGGUCCGCCAUCAAGCAGCUCCGGCCCUACUUUGAGAUUCCGGGCAUGAUCUCGUUCGGUGGUGGGUACCCUCACCCUUCGACGUGGCCCGUGAACGGCAUGACGCUCAGCGUGCCGUUUGCGGAGAAGAGCGUGUUCGUGCCGGGGUACGAGACGACGAGCGCGGACAAGCUCCACCCUCUGGAGGAGUAUGUGAAGCCCGCGGCCGGCGAGCCGCUGGACCCGAACCUGGCCGUCGAGCUGCAGUACGGCAAGACGUACGGUGCGCCUCACCUCGUCGACUGGCUCACGGAGCACAUCAAGCGGACGCACAACCCGCCAAACGACAACUGGGAAGUGCUCAACACGGCAGGCAACACGGACGGGUUCGACGGCCUGCUGCGCACCCUCUUUGAGCGCGGGGACAGCAUGCUCGUCGAGGAAUUCGCGUACCCGGGUUCCCUUGUUGCGGCGCAGACGCAGGGCGUGUCCUGCGUCGGCGUGCCGAUGGACGGGGACGGCAUCCUCGUGCCCGAGAUGGACAAGAUUCUGUCCGAGUGGGACGAGGGCAAGCGCAAGGCGCGCAAGCCCAAGGCCGUCCUCAUGGUGCCCACCUGCAGCAACCCGACGGGAUACACGAUGCCGGCCGCGAGGAAGCGGGACCUCUACGCCGUCGCGCGCAAGCACAACAUUCUCAUCUUCGAGGACGACCCGUACUGCUUCCUCCAGAUCCGCAAGUACGACGAUGCCGGCAAGCUCCUCCCGAUCGAGGAGACGUUCCUCUCCAUGGACGUCGACGGACGCGUGCUCCGUCUCGACUCGUUCUCCAAGAUUGUCGCCCCCGGCAGCCGUUGCGGAUGGCUCACGGGUCCCCGCGAGAUUGUCUCUGCCGUCAUGCAGCGCUCCGAGGCGUCCACGCAGUGUCCCUCCGGCUUCACCGUCAGUGCCAUCGCGGCCGUCGUGCGCGCCUGGGGCGGCCACGAAGGGUUCGAGCAGCGCUACCUCCCCCACAUCUCCAAGGUGUACGAGGAGCGCGCGCGCGCCAUGGUCUCCUUCUUCGAAAAGUACCUCCCCAAGGAGGCGGCCGAGUGGCCUGCCCCCUCCGGGGGCAUGUUCAUCUGGCUCCGCCUCCGUGUCGAGAACCAUCCCAAGCGCGACGAGCUCAGUCCCGAGGACGUCGCCGAGCGCGCGUUCCAGAAGGCCGUCGAGAACAAGGUCCUCACCGUCCCGUCCAAGUUCUUCAAGGGCGAGGGGCUCCCGAACUGGACAAAGGAGCAGGAGCAGAAGCGCAUCUUCCUCCGUAUCUGCUACGCCACCCCGACGAUUGAGCAGCUCGAGACCGGUGUCCAGCGUCUCGCCGAGGCGCUCAAGGCUGAGUGGGAGCUGUAG